GGAAAAGAAGAAGAAGAAAAAGAAGAACUGAAAGUCUCUGAACUCAAGGAAGCAGAAACAGUCACCCCUUUUGUUAUAAUGGAAGAUCCAUAUAAUCCUUGUCUUCCGGUCCAAUCACCAUGUGAAAGGACUGAUCCUGUUUCUCCAGUUUGUAACCACAAGGAAGAAGAAAAAGAGGAUUCUCUUACAACAGUAUCACACAGAGAAAGAUCUUCAGAUACCCAUUUUUUCCCUGAGCCUUUCCUCCCAGAAGAAGAAAAAGAAGACAGGAUCCUUGAUGAUCAAAAACCCCAAAGUCCACCAGCAUCUAUUUCACCAAUACGGUCACAGCCAGUUGCACUGCCUGAAGCCAUCACACCAGUAUUACCUGUGAAAUCACAAUCAGCAGUACCCACAGAACCAACUUCUCCACCUCUUGCUCCCCUGCCUAUUUGUUCACAGCCUUUACCCACUGCUGAAGCCUCCAUUCCACCUCCAGCAGAGCCACCAGUGUGUUUUCAGCCAAUCCCAGCUUUUACUUCUACUCCUUUGGCCAAACUUGCUCUAAAAAGUAAAGAUGGACAGAUGGAAAAACUGGGAAGUCCCACCACAACAGAAGAAACUUUAAAAAGGAAUAAUCUUGUAGAGGAAUUCUGGAUGAAGAGUGCUGAAAUCCGAAGGAGUUUAGGUCUCACCCCUGUCAACAGAAGCAGGGGGUCAGAACCAAACUUUACCUUCUCACCCCUUGAAUCUGCUCCUCUCAAAUCAUUUAGUUCUAAUGAGGGUUCAGAAGAAAAGGGAAUCCAUCCUGUAAAACCAACAAAGGUGGUCACACCAAAGUUGGAUAAGGAGCAAUUUUCUUUGCUGACACCAACCUCCCAAUCAGAGAAAGAGCUGAAAAACUCAAGGGAUGUGAAAAGAGAUCUCUCUAGCAGUUCUGGACUGGGGCUUCAGGGCAGUUCAUCCAACAUGAGGACUCUGGCCAGCCAAAGUUUUAAUACAUCAGAUUCCACUAUGCUCACUCCUCCAUCUAGCCCUCCUCCACCACCCCCUCAAAAUGAAGAGCCAGCAACACUGCGAAGAAAAAGGCAUCAGGCAGUUUGGCAGAAUGAGGCAGAGUCUGUGCAAACACCUCACGUGGUACCAGCAAAUGAAAGGAUCCGACCCCCCAGAAAUUCAUCUCAGCCACCAAGAGAAGAGGUGAGGAAGUCAUUUGUUGAGAGUGUGGAUGAAAUACCAUUUGCUGAUGAUGUAGAAGACACCUAUGAUGAGAGAACAGAGGAUACAAGCCUUAAUGAAAAAUAUUACACUCCACCUAGCAAGCCAAGGCCUGAGAAGCCUCUUCAUCUGCAUUUGGUUAAGGAAAAUGGUAGACCAUCAUCAGUUGAAGGUGGAAAGAGAGGCCUUCCUCAAGUCUCUGCAGAAGCUAAGGAGUUAGCUGAGGAGAGAAUGAGGGCCAGGGAGAAGUCUAUCAAAAGCCAGGCCUUACGGGAUGCUAUGGCUAAGCAGCUCAGCAGGAUGAAAGAUCUGGAGAUGACCAGCAGUGCUGGUGCUGCAAAAUCACGCAAAGCAUCUACAGUACCCUCAAAGACCAAAGAGCUUUCUUUAGAUGCUCCAAAGCAUCUGGCUGUGAAAGCCAGUGAAGGCCCUACUCUAAAGCAUGAAGCUAGUAGUGAGAGGUUCUUCUCACCAUUAACAGACAUUGGUGGGCAUGAUGGGUCCAUCACAUCUUCAGAAAGCUCCAGUGGGAAGAGUAAAAAAAGGACUUCUCUCUUCUCUCCCCGUAAGAACAAAAAGGAGAAGAAGUCAAAGAAUGAAAACAAGCUAUCUGACAAAUCCAGCAGUGCAGCUGAGGAAUCCACAAAGCCCAAAUCCCUUUGGAAAUCUGUCUUCUCCAGUUAUAAGAAAGACAAGAAGAAAAAGGCAGACGACAAAUCUUGCCCUAGUACGCCUUCCAGUGGGGCCACAGUGGAUUCUGGGAAACAUAAGGCAUCUCCACUGGUUAGAGCAGCAGAUUUGCAACUGCGCCAGCACUUAAGCUUCUCCGAGGAUUCUGAUCUCUCUAACGAAGAUGUCUUGGAACGUUCCUCGCAGAGAUCUAAGCGAGAGUCGAUUUACGUACCACACGCCUUGGCAUUCAAGAGAUCAUAUGCAUCAAAGAAAGCAUACACAGAAGAGGAACUCAAUGCGAAACUGACCAGGCGAGUACAGAAAGCUGCUCGCCGUCAAGCCAAACAAGAAGAGCUCAAGAGGUUACACAGGGCCCAGAUCAUCCAAAGACAACUGGAGCAGGUUGAAGAGAAACAAAGGCAGCUGGAGGAGAGGGGAGUUGCUGUGGAAAAAGCCCUCCGGGGUGAAGCAGACUAUUGGGGAGAGUCUUAUUACAGUGACCUCAUCGACUUGCAUCUGGGUGGCAUGGGGAAGAAGGACGACCCUAAGCUGAUGCAAGAAUGGUUCAAGCUGGUGCAGGAAAAGAACGCUUUGGUGCGCUAUGAAUCAGAGCUGAUGAUAUUUGCACGCGAAUUGGAACUAGAGGACAGGCAGAGCCGGCUACAGCAAGAGCUCCGGGAGAGGAUGGCAGUGGAAGAUCAGCUAAAGACAGAUGAAGAACUCUCAGAGGAGAAGAGGAUCUUGAAUGAAAUGCUAGAGGUGGUGGAGCAGAGAGAUUCUCUUGUGGCCCUACUUGAAGAACAGCGCCUUCGAGAAAAGGAGGAAGACAAGGAUCUAGAGGCUGUUAUGCUGUCCAAAGGAUUCAACUUAAACUGGUCCUGAGUGUAUCACCAUACCUCGUUGCUGAUCUGUGUUGUCCAGUUGGCAUAUGCCAAGUUAGAUGGAGCUGCCUGGUUGGAGGAGACAACUUGGAGCAGGAACCAUUUCAGGAAUCUUGCAGCAACUACGUGCUUGAGCCAGGAGCUUCUUGCUAAGAGAGUUGGUUGUAAGGAUCCAGAGUCCUGUGUGAGGCUACAGAGCCAAGAAAGAAGUAGUGACCUGAGAUUGCGUGCCUUCCUUGAGGACCUGUGCAAGAGGUCAAUAAGUUUUUUGUGAUCUCUGAGAGAGACUAAAAAUGAAAUGAAAAUAUUUUGUGUGGUAUGUUGUUUUUUAAAAAAGAACUUUAACCAAUUUAGGUGGGCCCUAGCCUGUUCAUUUCACAUUUACCCAACUUGUGGUAUUAAUGGAUUUGUUUGUUUAAAUAACAAAGAAAAGGGGUGUCUAAUACCUUCUGAAAAAUCACCUUGCAGCAGCCUUUGGAAGAGCAAACCUAUUCAAUACAACAAAGCACACUGUGUAUAUGCUCUUCUCACCAAAGAAAUCUGAAGCUGCCACUGUUGUCUAGGUAUGAAGGAACAUCCGUAUCUGAACGUGGAUGGGAAACCUGGAACACUAAGAACUUGAAACCCGGCUUCUCGUGACUUCUACAAAAAGCAAGGACAGAGGCAGACUUGUUUCCUUCCCUGUGGCCUCCACAAGUAGCCAUUGUUCUGAACAGGUCCAGCAUGCAAACUGUUUCCUCUUGACCAUGAAGUGCUCUGGACUGAAAGAAGCCGUUUCCCCUUUUCUGUUGACCUUUGACUGCUCUAUUGUGACCUUGAUGACCAUUUAGACACUGGAAAGUGCUAAUUAUCAAAAGAUGGGUUCAUUAUGAAGCAUUUUGUGGGAUCUCAUGGGUGAUAGUCCCCCAGCUUCAAACUCUCCAAGAGUGGGCCCACGACUGUUCAGUAGGUUUUUGUUUCUUUGUGUCUUGGGGGAUAUUUUUUUCCUUUUCUUUUUUUUUUUUUUGCACGUCAGAAAUGAAGCAGAAGACCUAUCCUGGCCCUUUAGUCACUUUAGAUCCUUUAAUGUCCAUUAACUUAUUUUUUAAUACUUGAAAGAAAAAUUGGUUUUGUACCUUUUUAAGAAGUGAACAGAUGAGUAUGUGGUAAAUCUGUGUGCCUGCCCUACCUUUCAACCUCUGUGUGUUUAAUGCUUUCCCCUCUUCCCUGUAUCUAUUUAUUAGAGUUAUUAUUAAUGAUAUUACUGUUACACAGUACAUUUGAGCUGCAGAAAAGAUGUUUUAAGUUCCAGACUGUUGAUUCUGAUUUGGGCUUGUUCUUGUUUCUUGUUUAGGGGGAGGCCCUGGGAAAUAUGUGAGGAGAAUUCCCCCACAGUGUUUUUUUAUAGACUCUUGCACCCUCAUGAGAGAAGGUUCAGAAGGAAAGAGCAGUGAUAAUUGGUUUUAUUUCCUAGUACUUCAAAAGCUCUCCCUCUCGUCCCUGAAUAUUGGUAAACCUACAGUUUAUUUACUGUUGUAAGAUUUUUGUAACUAGAGUGGUGGCAUUGCCACUUCUCAUGUAAACAGCAAACGACAGUGGCUUCAUAGAAUCCACCUCCAAAGGAAGGAUUAGCACCAAUCUCACUGGUUCUGUCCCCAGACCUGUUUCUGGUUCGUUCAGGAAGGGAACAGUGAUUCUCUCCCAGGGUAACAGCAAAAGGGACAUAAAAUAGACUCAUGUCUAUCACCAGCUCUGAGGUUCCAUAAGCACAUCAUGUCCUUCACCAUAUGUUUCUCAAAGGUGCUGGCCUGCAGCUUGCAGAAUUUUCCAUUUCUAUAUUAAAAAAUACUUUGACCCCCAUGGGUUUCAGAUCUUUUUUAUUCACAGCAAAAGGAGUUACCGGUGCACUGUGUCCGGGAGAGAAAACGUCGGUCUCUGGAUUAAGUCCCUUAUGGCAUCUUAAUUUCCCAGGCUGAACAGAGAACAGGGUUCCAGUGCUGUGCUUACAUCAAGAAGAGAAACUUCCAGCAAAUUCUGCUCCUCCAGCAUUGCAACAAUAUGAGAAGAUAUCCCUGCUGCUACAGUUGUAAAAUCUUUCCAACAUUUUUAGCCAGAUGUUGGCUAGUUAGAGCAAGGAUUUCUUUCCUGGUGUUGGAAGCACCUACCUCUGAAAGGGACUGAACCUCUUCUUGUCUUGAAAGAAGCCUUAAUUUCUACUUUUUUAGAAGAAAUUAAUGUGGCUGCUGCCUUUUACCUUUAAUCAGUAGGGAACUUUUUUUCCAUGAAAUACCUUGAUGUUCGAUUGUAUAUGUUCAAAAGUAGCAUUCUGGCAGCUGUGUUUUAGGCAGUGCAGGGAGAGAAAUUCAUUUUUCCAGGAAACUGCACAAAUAAUUGCUUUCAAAGUAUAUAUGCUAAUUGUCACUUUAGGCUGAGAAGCAGCUGUGGCCACCUUAAAUAGCUACUCCAUGUAGGUGAUUGAAAGGAGGGCAGAACCUCGGCAUCUUUGAUAGUUCUGUAAAAGAGGGGAUCUCCAAUGCAGUUGAUCUGUCCUGUUCUCCUUUGCAUCUGGCUCCCACAGCUCAAAGAGCAAUGGGUUAGAUUUUUGCAAGUAUCCCACCUCAUCGCCCCCAGUUACAGCAACAGAUGACAGACGAAACCCUACCUCUCAAAGCCAGUUCUAUCUGACCUAACAGAUUGGAAACAAUUAUAAAUUGUUUACUUUUUUUUUUUUAAUCAGAAAAUCCUAUUUAAUGUUUUAAUGAGAAGAAAACUCUUCUCUCCUUACUCAUUGGGAUAAAUUGAUAAUGUCCCUGACAGCUUUUAAGAGUUUAAUGUGCAUCUUUUCCCAUCUACAGAUAAGUAGUAUGAAGGGGGAUUUAAUGCAUCAUAUUAUUAUUUUUGAAAUCAGUGGCUUUUAACAUCAUCAAUUGUUGGGAAGGUUCCAGACAAGCCUUUAUUUUUCAGCUUCAUUAUUUUCUAACCAAAAUUUGACAGUGACGAAAGAAAGAAAAAGGAACUCCAUGUGCCAAACCAUCCUAGUUUUUUUAGGACCUUGAAGUAAUAUUGUGAAUUGAAGGAUUCAUCCUGUGCAAUGCAGGCUAAUAGUUAUGGUGCUUCCCUGGGAGAAUCUCUGUACAAAUCCACAUGGGGGAGGAAGAAGCAGAUUUGAAGGGUGGUUCUAGGUGCACCUAGAGGAAGCUCCCCUUAUAUUGUAUUUUGGUUAUUACAGCUGCUCUACCAACGUAACUGUUACGUUCAGGCAAGGAGCCACAGUGAAACUGUAGCUUACGCCUUUUACUACAUGUCAGCCAAAUCAAAGUCCUCUUCAGAGACCUGGAAGAACGCCUUUCAACAUCUCGAUCACAAAUGUCCAAUUCCAAGAGCAUCAUUCAUGCUGCCUUGAUCUCCAAGAAUGGAUAUCAGGCAAGCAAAGUGACCUAAAAAGGGUACGAGAACAUCCAAGGACAAAAUGUUGCAUUUAGACCCUUUCACAGAAACAGCUAAUGAGUACUAUGUACAACUAUGAAUACCAAAACAGUUACUUUGUUAGUCCUUAAGAAGUACUAUGAGUACCUAGUACAGUGUUUCUCAACCUUGGCAACUUUAAGAUGAGUGGACUUCAACUCCCAGAAUUCCCCAGCCAGCAUGAUGAAGUCCACUCAUCUUAAAGUUGCCAAGGUUGAGAAACACUGACCUAGUAAGUCCAUUCCUUCCAGGUUUCAGUUCCAUUCCAGCUCUUCCAAAUGGCCAUGCUACCUGAAGCAGACAUCUUUAUUCCUCCACAAACUGAUAAUUGCCUCUCUCACGGCUUUUUUUUUUUUUUUAGUGCAACAAUAAAACAUUGAAACGAAAGAUUAUUAUCUCCAUAAGGCAGAAUUACCAGUGUUUAACUUCUCUUUGUGUCACAGCUGCAAAAUGCGGAAAUUAAGAUAUUUUAGAAGUAAUACACAUAGUGAAUGCAUCUUUUCAAUGUGUUGAAUUUUGGUGAUGUGAAAUGUUUUUGAGCACUGAUAGCAUAUUUAAGAAAUGGUAUUUAGCCUGCAGAAAAAGUAGAAAUGUUUUAAACUCCCCAAAACAAUUUGAAGUGGCAGAAUGUUGCUCGGAAUAAGGGAAUCUUUUUCAGAAGCAGCUCUUUUGGGAGGUCAAAUCACACUUUUGAAAAGCUGAUGCUAAUUACUAAACAUGCCAUAUGCUGAACAUAUUGGGAGAUUGGAAAGACAGAAAUAUAUUGCACUGAGACAUUUCACACUAAGUAAGAUUAUAGAGCAAAUAGGGUGCAUAUGCUCCUGCAUUAAAGUGGGAAGAGAUUUUUGAAAGACUUCUCGUGGGCUAGAUGGAAAGCAGGUGCCUGUUCCUGACACCGAGGAAGAAGAAAACAAAAUACAGGUUCCAGGUCUUGACAUUAAAAGACUGAGAAUGGAAAUCAUCUUCCCAUUUGUCUUGCCAUUAGCUGCUAUAUCUUGGCACCUACUCAGCUGAAAGAGGCAGUGUAUGAUUUAUAUGAACCAUGGCUGCAAUUCUGGAUGAACUUGUAAAGAAUUGGACCCUACCCUGUUUGGUAAAGUGUAGAAAUCAGGCUGGUUUCCCUUUAUUUUUUGAUUUAUCAUGAUGAGAAGAACAACCCUCAGCCAAAUUAAUUGUUUCUUCCUCUUUGGCUAUUUGUGUCAUGAGACAAGAACUGCCUUUGUCAUAAGUUUGAGGGGGAGAUAGCUGUGUCUCUCCAACUUCAGCUCUAACCUUGUUCUGGAGACUCAAGACCUCUGACACGAGAUCUAUGGCUCGGACAGCAGUUGCCCCAGGAACCUUAAUCAGAUUUCCACUCAUAGCAUUUCCUGUAAUAUUUUGCACUCACUGAGCUUAUCUGUUGACUGAAUUAUCAGGGAGUUUUGUUUGUUUCAAACGUGGCAUCUGGCCUUCUUUAAGAUAGGUUGCUAACACAGACGUAGCAAGCAUCCAUUAUGUCCCCUCUGGAUUUUUAACCUUUUUAAAGUACAUACAGUUCAGGAGCAUUUUAGAGUACCUGCAGUGAUGUUUAGAGUUGCAUGAUCUACUGCUGCAAACAAACAAAAAAAGUUGUCACUCUCUUUGUAUGGAUUUAAAACAAUGUAUUCAACAGUAUGUUUACAUUUGGCUUCUCUUCAGAGGAAACUCUUGUAUUCAUUUUCUAUCCUCUUGUGUAAGGAAAAUGAAAAUGCUGUGAGUUUGGGAGUGUUUGCAAUAAAAAGAAAACAAAACCCCCAGAAACAGCCUAUUCUUAAGAGGCAAUGAAUUUCUCUUUAUGCAUCCUAAGUGGAUAGAAUAUUUCCUAAUAAUCCCUACAACUGGGACAUGUAAUAGAAGUUGAUAGGCAAGGUAGGCAGAUAAGAAUAUUGUUAAAGCUAUCAGACAGUGUUACGUCCUGAUGGGAUUGCAGUAAUUUAAUUUUUAAAUACAUAUAUAGAGAGAGAGAAAAACGUAUGGGAAAUCUAGUCCCAAUAUAGGAAGUUUGGAGCAGAUGGGAACUCUGGUAAUCAGACUGUUUUAUUGUUGGUGUAUGUGCAGUGUAACAGGAAAUUAUGUACUGUAUUUUUCAUGUCCAAAAUUCCAGAGUACGCAAUUCUCCUUUACUUCCCAAUACGAUCACAUUUCAUUCUGUACACCCUUAAGCAUCCUUGUUUUGUUGGGGAUGAGAUUUUAGCAUCUCUGGUCGCCAACAGAGUUUUUUAAAAAAUAAA